AUGGAUUACACUAUGCACUUUCCAAACUCCAACCAUGCUGUCAGCAAUCAUUUUAACUUUACUACUUCCCCAAUUCACUCGCCUACCAACGCUGGACGUAAAAGAACUCGUAGUAAUAGCAUAAGCAGGAAUGAACAUGUCCAGGUAUCAAACUUUUACAUUUAUAGUUAUGAGGAUAGAGAGUUCAUUAUUUCUGACAAAACCGUACGACUCUUGAGUCCUCCACGUUUUAAGGGAACUCCGUCUUUUCCAAAUCCACAAUUCUCAUGUUGGAAUGAUAAUCGGCUUAGUCGUUCUAGCUCUAUCAGUGAGCUAAGCAAUAAAACACAAUUACUAGCCGUUCAAGAAACAACGCAUGUAGGAUUCAUGGACUAUGAUAACAUGCAGAUUGAUUUAGAGAGUGAGAUUAUUCAACUUCAUGAGACGGACAUAAAGUCAUCAACGUAUUCCUUACCAAUACGUGGUCAGCGCCAACAUCAUCGACAAGUACAAUCGCAUCAAUUACCUUUUACCAUGGGACGUCGUUCAGAUUGUGAAAAAUGUCGGCUGCGCGUCCCCGGACAUUUCAGCCACGUUCUCUCACAUUAA